GAAAUCUCGGGAGCUGUCUGAAAGCAAGCUGAGUGAGGAGGAACAAACAGCGUGAAGAUUUAAAACACUCCUCAGACGGUAUUAGCAAUAGGCAGACACUCAAAUUUAGUUAAAAAAGUUAUUCAGCGAGAGGAAACACUUUAUUUAGCCUCUCUUUUCGUUACUUUGGUAAAAGUUGAACGCAGGCUGCAGGGCUCGGAGUAACGUUACCCACCUCGGAGCAGAAAGUCAAGUCGGUGGUCGGCAGUUAGUUCUGCAGGAAUGUCGCAGAAAGAAAGACCCAAGUUUUAUCGACAGGACGUCAACAAGACGAUAUGGGAAGUCCCGGAGCGAUACAAAAGCUUGUCCCCAGUUGGCUCUGGCGCCUACGGAUCCGUAAGCUCUGCGUUUGAUAUGAAGACUGGUUUAAAGAUAGCUGUGAAAAAGCUCUCCAGACCGUUCCAGUCCAUCAUCCAUGCAAAGAGAACAUACAGAGAGCUGCGGUUGCUGAAGCACAUGAAACAUGAAAAUGUGAUUGGCCUCCUAGAUGUGUUCUCCCCUGCUACAAGUCUAAAGGAAUUCACUGAUGUGUAUCUUGUGACUCAUUUAAUGGGGGCUGAUCUUAACAACAUAGUGAAAUGUCAGAAGCUCACAGACGACCAUGUGCAGUUCCUCAUAUACCAGAUCCUCAGGGGGUUAAAGUACAUCCACUCGGCUGACAUCAUACACAGAGAUUUGAAACCCAGUAAUCUGGCGGUGAAUGAAGACUGUGAGCUGAAGAUUUUGGACUUUGGUUUGGCGCGGCACACUGAUGAUGAGAUGACCGGCUAUGUGGCCACCCGCUGGUAUCGUGCGCCAGAGAUCAUGUUGAACUGGAUGCAUUACAACAUGACAGUGGAUAUUUGGUCAGUGGGCUGUAUAAUGGCAGAACUCCUCACUGGAAGAACUCUGUUUCCUGGUACUGACCACAUUGACCAGUUGAAGCUAAUCUUGCUGCUCGUCGGAACCCCAGGGCCCGAGCUCUUGAUGAAAAUAUCUUCAGAGUCUGCCAGAAACUACAUCGGCUCCCUGCCUCAAAUGCCCAAGAGGAACUUUGCUGACGUGUUCAUUGGUGCCAACCCACAAGCUGUGGACCUCCUGGAGAAAAUGCUAGUUUUGGACACGGACAAGCGGAUAACAGCAGCUGAGGCUCUCGCUCAUCCCUACUUCGCUCAGUACCACGACCCAGACGACGAGCCCGAGGCAGAACCGUACGACCAGAGCUUUGAGAGCCGUGAGCUGGAGAUUGAAGAGUGGAAACGAUUAACCUACGAGGAGUUGUGUAGUUUUGAGCCACAUAUUUUUGACGAGGAGGACAUGGAGUAACGCGGCCCACAUCACAUCUUGUCGCCAUCAUUUUCAAACAACCUUGAACAUGUGCAUUGGUGUUAGUCUCCCAGACACACUUGCAUCAGAGUGCCAACCUGCCCCAGUCAGUUCUAAUUAACCAGGAAAUGAUCCAUUAUUAGCUCCCUUUAGGAAGAUAUUACCAGCGUAGACAGAGCAAGAGCUCCACCAAUAAUCAUCUUUCUUAUUUAUGAACCACUAAUGUUGAUGGUUUUCUUGCUGGAAAAUAUUACUUUAUGCCAAUAGCUGACAUAAUUUUUUUAUUCUUCUGAUUUUUUUUUUAAAAUUUAGACUUUGAUGACUCGUCACUGUGACAUUGAGAUGCUGAAAUGCCUGGACCUAUAGCUGUGUUAAAUUUUCUAUUGAGUAACUUGUGAAUAAGCUUUUGUUGUCCAUCUACAGGAUUAUGCUAGUGUAUCACUCACCCUACCAAGCUGUAACACAUAGCAGUAGGUCACUGUUCCUGUAUUGAAAUAGAACUUACUUUCAAAGUAGUGACAGGAGUAGAUUGAAUGUUUUUAGACAUUUGACAAUUUGAAAAUGUGGCUGCUCUGUGUUGACACUUAUUUUUGGGGCUACACUGAGUUUCACACAUUUUGUUUAUUUGACCGUUGAGAUGGUUUGUCAAGCUCUCUGUUGUUACACAGAAAUCUGUGAUCCUCUGCUGUUUUAAAGACAGUGUAAUUUAUAAGGCACCCAAGAAGUAGGAAACAAUAUUCAGGGGCACAGGCUCUGCUCAGAAACAUGUAAAUAUCUGUGCCAUAUUUUUUAAUUGUGGUUAUGUUAUGAAACAAUCACUUUUAGUAUUGUCCAUCAGUUUAAGAAUUUUGUGCGUUUGUGAGAGUGUGUUGUCGGUUUACAGGAAUUUUAAGUGUCAUGCUAUAAUCUUUAAUUGAAAUACAGCUUAUAUGUGUAAAAGAGGGAUUUCAAAUGUAUUUAUACUUUGUGGAGGUGGUAUUUAUAGACAACAAUCAACAGAUCCCUUAAACUAUUUUCAGUCCAGCAGACUAACUACUAUCCUCAGUCCUUUGUUUAACAAAAUAAAGACUUAUUUUUAAGAGA